ACGUGGCAUACAGCGGUUGCAGUACCAUGUAGGGGGGCUCUGUCUCGCUCGUCAAAUCGCGGGGCAUUGUGGGGCGGAGGCGGCCUUUCUCUGCGUCCAGGCGAUCGGGAAAUCUUCAAGUAAAUACGGUUUAACGGGGGGGAGGAACACUGCGAGCGGAACAUCCAACACAUCGAGACUGCGUUGAGCUGAGCCUUAAUUGUAAAAAAAACAAAAAAACAAAAAAAAAAACCGUAAUAUUACACAAAUAUGGGGCAGGAGGAUCUCAUGAACACCGCCGAAGACGUGGCGGACCAGUUCUUGCGGGUAACCAAACAGUACUUGCCCCACUUGGCGCGUCUGUGUCUUAUCAGCACCUUCCUGGAAGACGGCAUCCGCAUGUGGUUCCAGUGGAAUGAGCAGAGAGACUACAUUGAGGCUACCUGGAGCUGUGGCUACUUCUUGGCUACAUGCUUUGUGCUGCUUAACCUCAUAGGACAGCUGGGCGGUUGUGUCCUCAUCCUCAGUAGAAAUUUUGUACAGUAUGCCUGCUUUGGAUUAUUUGGCAUCAUAGCACUACAGACUGUCGCAUACAGCAUUUUAUGGGACCUUAAAUUUUUGAUGAGAAACCUUGCCCUCGGAGGUGGUCUGCUCCUGCUGCUGGCUGAGUCUCGUUCGGAAGGAAAGAGCAUGUUUGCUGGAGUCCCCUCCAUGGGAGAGAGUUCGCCAAAGCAGUACAUGCAGCUGGGCGGUCGGGUACUGCUAGUGCUCAUGUUCAUGACUCUGCUACACUUUGACUCCAGCUUCUUCUCUAUCCUGCAGAACAUGGUGGGGACUGCCCUCAUCAUCCUGGUGGCCAUCGGCUUCAAAACCAAGCUGGCGGCGUUGACCCUUGUCGUGUGGCUCCUGGUUAUCAAUGUCUACUUCAACGCUUUCUGGACCAUCCCCGCCUACAAGCCCAUGCAUGACUUCCUCAAGUAUGACUUCUUCCAGACCACCUCGGUCAUCGGCGGCCUGCUGUUGGUGGUGGCGCUUGGGCCUGGUGGAGUGUCCAUGGAUGAGAAGAAGAAAGAGUGGUAGGCAAGGAUAAAAUAAGAGGAUUGCCAAGCACCACUAACCCCCCCCCCAACUCUGACUGGGACACAAAGACCCUCCCUCUCCUCCAGUUUCCCCCCCACAAGGGUACACACGUUUUUUGUUCUUUUGGUUUUUUUUUUCCAGCUUAUUCUUUAUUUGGCCAAAUCCAUAGACACCAUCUCGCAGUUUGUUUUUCUAUUUUCCACUCAACUGCUAUUUUUAUAUUUUAGUUGAACAUUAUAAUGCCAGAUUUUUUCUAAACCCUUAAAAAAGCCCAUGUAUUUCAAAAUGUGAAGAAAACAAUUAACGGAUAAGUGGAAGAAAAGAUUUAUUAGUUCUGUUCAGAAGAAAAAUGAAAAGUUUAUUGUAUUUUAUGGGUCUUAUGCCAUACGUUAUCAUAAAUUGAUUUUCAUAUUUUCUGAAUAAAACUGGAAAAGUGGAGAGAGUGCAGCAGUUUGCUCCGCCCCCCUCCCAAUGGAUGCUUAUCUUUUUCUGUUAUUGGAUCUUGGAGUGUCUGAGACUUAAUCACCAUAUUGAUCCUGAAGCCUUGGGCACUGAUUUGACAGCAACUUGCCUUAACUCUCCAGGUUUCAACUCCCUUCUUUUUUUUUUUUCUUUUUUCCCUCUGAUACCCUACCCUUUCAGUAGAUCUUUACACCUAUACACCUUCAAUCUCAACUGACUCUUGUUCAUGGGGAGCUGAAUCUGGGGGGGACGUGUACAUUGUAUAGUGGUGGAUUGCAGUCGUGCUUGAUUGAAAAUUUCAACACAGUUGUUAGCUCCAGGACUUGUUAUUGGGCACUUUGUACUGUAUGUCUUUGGCAAACGCCUAACUAGUGAACUGUAUAUGAUCGGGGAUAAUAGGGGGGAGGCGCAACGUUUGUGAAACACCAUAUUCUGCGAUCUAGAAAAGCAAAGAGGACUAAGCAGAGUCACUAGCCACCUGAACUUUGUCUUUGCUCAGUGUUUUUUGCCCUGUGUAAGAAAAUAAAAAAAAAAUAUUCAUUGUAUUGA